AUCUAUAAGAAUUUCCAAGCUCACAUGUCAGGUAGAACUUGAACCGUACUUGGCUUCCAUUUUGAGAAAACCUAAGCUGCCCAAGAAAACCCUAAGGAAUCCAUCCUGCAGGAACGUACAGGCCAGAGUCUCACCGGAUACCUGUCUACCUGUCUCCCAACUCUGUAUAUAAACCUCCCGAAUCAACCGCAUCCUUAUCACUCAACGCCCAACAGUCAUGGACCAAGCUGCUAAUUCCAAGAAGCUGCUGAUGUUCCGCACUCCCAACGAGGAGGCGCAGCACAACCAGAUCUUCAUCUUCAACUCGCCGAUUGACUACAAGGACCAGCAGCUGAUUGUCUACCAGAAGCCGGGAAUGCUGAACGGAGAAGAGCCAGGACCUGGACCGGGAUACGGCUACUGUGUGGUGUACAAGCGGGAUCACUACGUGAUCAAUAAUCCCCCCAACUUCCAGAGUCCCACGAAGCGAAGCUUCCUCAACGAGUGCAUCCGGCAGCUGUAUUUGAUGAACGGCAUGUGUCACAAGAUGUACUGGUGCAGCACCAGUGCCAUGGCCCUGAGCACACCCACCGAGGUGUGGCACCAGGUCAACAGCUGCCUUCAGCCAGAGCGAUUGUCAGCCAAGACAGAGAGCCUAAAGCGCGUUAAGCGACAGCUGUUCCGCGAGGAACGAGGAGAUCGCAAGAAUCCCCGACCCCUGAAGGGCAAGAUGUGGGGAACCCAGGUCUUCUACUUCAAAUCGAUGCGUGAGAAGCUGGGCAGGCGACAUGUACGGCGGGGCUACCUCAAAUUCGCCCGUCAAACGGCGCUGCAGGCUAUGAUUUGUGAAAAUCUGCAACGCGAGAUGAUCUGCACGCCGGCGGUCUGCCGGACCGUGAUCAGUGCCGCCGAGGGCAUCUUCAAUGUGAAUGCCGGGGUCAUCGGUGACAUCUGCAGCUACCACGACAAUGCAGCCCGCCACCAGCCCGCCGUGGAGGGUCGCCUUACGGCUGGCGAGGCUCGUCUAAGGAACAACCAGGCCUGUCGGCUGACCCAGCGAGCCAAGCGGCUGGAGGCCAUGUUCAUACACGAACAGGUGCGCAGGGCAGUCCAGAACCAUCAGCUCAUCCUGGAGGAGUCCGUGCGUUCCAUCUUCUAUGCCAAAGAGCUCUUUCGGCUUAUUGAGGAUCACGAGGAGUUUGUCUACACGGACAACAAGAUUCUGGGCAAGAGCUGAAGGGGCUGUCCUUAUACUGGGCCUAGCCACGGAUCUAGUUCUUUCAUUUACUAAUUAAUUGUUUAAAACAGACUAUAAUUAAAACAUAAAUAUUAAAAUAUACAUUUAAAUUAAGUCUCGUUUAUGAAUAUUUUAAGAAAUUCUGAAUUUAUAAUUGAACAAAAAUUAAUUAAGAGAAGAUUGAAGUAUGGAAUAUGAAUCUAAAUAAAGAUAUUUUUCAUUGCAAAACUAAAAA